AUGUCGUCGUUUCUUACACCACCAAAAUCGGGCCCUUCUGGGCGGGCGCCCGUCAAACCGCGAUUCGCAAAGCCCAACCCUGUUCGAGCUAUGCGCGAACGAGAAGAACGACGAGCUGCUGCCGCCCAUACACAAUCAAAUAACCUACGAGUCGCUGCUGUCAAUCGAAAUGCUGCACUCGCCAGACCGAACCGCCCUCAAUGUCCGAACAAGGCCUGUCCGAAACCGAACGUCGUUGACGGCACAUGUCAAACUUGUGGUCGCAUUUCUGACGAUAGCAAUAUCGUGGCAGAGGUCACUUUUGGAGAGUCAUCUUCGGGUGCUGCUGUUGUACACGGUUCUUUCAUCGGUGCCGACCAAGCGGGUGUUCGCAGCAUGGGCCCUGCGUUCCGGAGGGUUGGUGGAUCAGAGGAUCGAGAGAAGAGCAUUCGCGAAGCAAAGGGCUUGAUGCAAGGUUACGCGCAACAACUUAAUGUCAGCGACAGCCUGGUCACUGCAGGAACACAAGUUUUCAAGCUUGCUUCCAGCGCAAAUUUUAUUCAGGGCCGCACGUUAGCCAGUGUCGCGGCGGUUUGCCUGUAUGCUGCAUGUCGCGCCGAACCACCUUGCAAGGUCAUGCUUAUCGAUCUGGCGGAUUUGGUACAGCUCAACGUCUUCAAGCUGGGCCGAAUCUUCAAGAAGCUCAACGAAGUGGUGCCAAUUGGCAACGAUGGUCUUAUCCCAGUGUAUCCCGAGGAUCUCAUCUGGCGGUUCGCAACAAAGAUGGAGUUUCACCAAGACACGGCCAAGGUCGCCGAAGAUGCCGUCCGUCUAGUCAAGCGAAUGAGUCGAGAUUGGAUGGUCAUGGGUCGCCGACCUUCAGGCAUCUGCGGAGCCUGUUUGCUCAUGGCAGCACGAAUGCACAACUUCCGACGAACAGUGCGCGAGGUGGUGUACAUCGUCAAAGUCACAAACCACACAAUUCAGAACCGUUUACAAGAGUUCAAAGUCACCGAAUCCAGUCGCAUGUCUGUCGAAGACUUCUUGAAGCAAGACUUUUUGGAGAGCUCUCACGAUCCACCGUCAUUUUACAAGCAGACCGCCGAGUACAAAAAGCAGCUGGCUGUCAAGAACAAAAAGCGAAAGCGACCCUCGACGGAUGAAGAUGCGGAGGACAACGACGAGGAUGAUAACUUGGCCGACAGGAUUGAUCCGCGAUUAAUAGAAGGAGGCGCCGACCUUUCCAAAGCUCCAGUUUACGAGUACCGCCGUGACGACGAUGGCUUCAUCAUUCCGCCCCUGCCGUCCAAAAUCGCCAAAGACCCAUCUCUCGUCAACAGACUGAAUGAGAAUUCACAGGACGAGGAGAACGACGACGAGGAAGAGGAUGAGAAUCACGUGGUCCGACUCGAUAGCUUGGUCGAAGAAUUUGGGGAUGCCUUGGAAGAAGAGAUGGCAGAGGACGGAGCCCAAGACGCCCGUGCUCGCAAAGGCGAUAAGCCCCAACUGCCCAUCAACGAGGAAUGGGAGCAAGAUGAACAAGAAUUGGAGGGCGUUAUUGAAGAGAUCUUCAACGAUCCAUUGACUUAUGAGCAUGCUAUGGCCUACACGACUGCCGAGCAGCGAGCACGAAUACACACAGUCUGGGCUCUACAGCAACGCCCUCAGAAGGAAGUCUCCAUGUCAGCGGAUGUUACAGAAGACGAAUUUGCCGACGACCCCGAGGUCAACAAUUGCCUAUUAUCGCCCGAAGAGGCCCAAAUCAAGGAGAUGAUCUGGGUGAACCAGAACAAGGAGUGGCUACGGAAGCAUCAAGAAAAGGUAUUCCGGAAGAAGGUCGAAGCCGAGCGGCCAAAGCAGACACGAAAGCGACGAAAGCGCGCCCGAAUGGGAGAAGGACAGACCAGCCCGGCCAGCUCAGCCGCCGAAGCAGCCGUCAACGUUGCCAAAGACCGCGCCUGGUCAAAGAGGAUUAAUUACGAUGCCAUCCGUAACAUCUUUGACCUACCCAACAUUGAUGGGCCUGGAUCAGAAGCUACGAGCCGAAAGACGAGCGCGGCGGGGAGCACUCGAGGCGUCGACGACAUCGCCGAGGUGCCCGAGGAAAGCGUCGCAGGAGAGGAGGCCGAGGCACCACAAGAGGAUGAAGAGGAAGAUUACGAGGAGGAGUACGAUGAAACGCAGAACUAUAAUGAUGGAGAGGAAUUCGGCGGCGGAAAUGAAGAGUUUGGUGGUGGCGGCGAGUACGACGAAGAUGAUCCAGAGAUGGAUGCAGAGUACGGGCUAGAGGAAUAUGCCUAA